CUAUGAAAUGCCCUAAAUCAAGAAACUUUUACAUUGUCUAAUUUACAAAACCCCAGCGUGAGAUUCCGAGCAAGACAGCUGAUAUCAAAUUUGGAAGAGGAGGUAAGGUGAGCAGCUAUGGAAGUCGACGGCGAAAGUGGUUGUAGCAGUAAAGCGAUUCCAGAAUCAGCGAUGGAGGCGGUGAAUAGAACAGCUAAAAACAUCGACGAAGUGAAUGCCAAUUUGGCGGAGUUCUUGUCUUACUGUAGCACCGAAACGCUUUCCAAAAUGGAGCCGCUUGAAAGGGCACAAGCCCUCUUCUUGAUUGCCAGAGCCACAACCGUUCUCUUUGCUCUGCGGUUAAGAUGCAAAGGUAUUGACCCCGAUGAACAUCCUGUCAAAAAAGAGCUGGAAAGGUUGAGCUUGUACCAAGAAAAGUUGCAAAAGUGCAUGGACUUGAGCAAAGCACCUCUUCGACCUUCAACAACAAUUAAUCCCCGUGCAGCAGCCCGUGUUAUUGGGCACUCAUUGCCUGAUCUCUCCCAUGAGCAGAAGCAAAGCAUGCGGGAAAUUAGCCGUGGAGAGGGCUCAAGAAUCAAAUAUUUGGAUAGAAAUCUCCAAAAGAAGAGAAAGUUUCAAUCCUCUGAUAAGCAAUCUGUUAGUUCCGCCGCACAGGAAUUCCUAGAGAAAGCAUCCCGCGAACUUCUUGGCGAUAAUAAGAAUGGUGUUAAAGGCCCUUUACAACCACCUGAAGAGGAUUCGGAUGAUGAUGUCAUAAUUCUGGAUUAAUUCAUAUGAUGGUGAGUUUUGUUGUUUUGUUUUGCCCCUCUCUGCCCGCCAGCUUCCAAACUGAAUUUUCCUUCUGGCAAAUUGGCAUUAGAAGAAAGAACUUCUCAGAAUUGCAGAUAGAAAAAGAAAAAGAACAGAUCUUUUAGCUGAUGAAUUUUGUUUUGUUGUAUUUCAACAGAGGGUUUUUGUUCAUCC